UUCCUCCAUUUAAGCCUCCUGUCCUAAGCCAAGAUUUCUACGCCAGUCGCUCUCUCUCUCCUGGGUGCUUCUACAAAGCAAAACUGAGCUCGUUUCAAGUCAAUUUUAAACCAGCCAUGGCGGUCGGUUUAUCCGCCGCUAUAGUCCCCAAACCCUCCGGCUUCUUCCACACCCCUCAUCUUUUUACAAAAACAGCACCUAUUUAUAAAGGGCACAGAAGAAGAACUUCUUCUUUCACGGUCUGUUUUGUUCUAGAGGAGAAAAAACAAGCUACCCAGAUCGAGAAUUUCACAGAGGCGAAUGAUUUCACCUCUAAAGAUAUUGAUAUUCAGGUCCCAGCUACUCGCAUGGCUGAGAAGUUAGCGAGGAAAAGAUCUGAAAGGUUUACUUAUCUUGUUGCUGCUGUGAUGUCUAGCUUCGGAAUUACUUCCAUGGCUGUUAUGGCUGUUUAUUAUAGAUUUUAUUGGCAAAUGGAGGGUGGAGAUGUUCCUCUUUCUGAAAUGUUUGGCACAUUUGCUCUCUCUGUUGGUGCUGCUGUGGGCAUGGAGUUUUGGGCAAGAUGGGCUCAUAAAGCUCUUUGGCACGCUUCUUUGUGGCAUAUGCACGAGAGUUUGAUUAUUGAAUUUCAGUCUCACCACAAACCCAGAGAAGGUCCUUUUGAACUAAACGAUGUGUUUGCAAUCAUAAACGCCGUUCCAGCCAUAGCUCUUCUCGCUUAUGGCUUCUUCCACAAAGGCCUGGUUCCCGGACUCUGUUUUGGUGCUGGACUUGGCAUUACAGUUUUUGGUAUGGCCUACAUGUUCGUCCACGAUGGUCUGGUCCACAAAAGGUUCCCAGUUGGUCCCAUCGCCAAUGUGCCUUAUUUCAGAAGAGUCGCUGCUGCUCACCAGCUUCACCACUCGGAGAAGUUCAAUGGUGUCCCAUAUGGCUUGUUCUUAGGACCUAAGGAAAUUGAAGAAGUGGGAGGCCUGGAAGAAUUGGAGAAGGAGAUCAAUAGAAGACUCAAAUCAUACAACAAGGGUUCAAAAGAAUGAAAUAAUGAGGGCCCUUUUUGGAUCAAUUUGAUCCUCACCGUACUUAAAGAUUAUUAAUGAGAAAUUAUUUUGAGUUCA